GUGGCCGCGUGUGGCGCGCGUGUACGCGCCGCCGCCGCCGCCCACAGCGCUUUGCUGCCGCCGUCGUCUUGCCUUCACCGCUAAGCAUCAGCCGCUGACGUCAGCCGCCACCUCACAUCGCUGACGCCAGCCACUGCACCAAACCGACAUGAUCGACCAAUCAGAGUUAGAGCCGGCGUCGAGUUCUUCUUCUCCACCCAACCGGCGUCGUGCUCUCCUUCUCUUCCUCCUCUCCGAAACCGCCUCUAACCACCGCCUUUCCUCGCCUAUAUAUAGCCGAAGAGGCCCCGUUUCCUUCCCCAUAGCAGAGCUCCUCGAGUUCUCUUCUCUCUCUCUCCGGCCAUGUCCGGCCAUUGCCGCCACCACUCGAUCUCCCUCACCGGUGCAUUACGGACCAAACCCUCGCGCCACCGUGCUUGCCUCGACGAGGUGAACCCAUUUUUCUAGUUUCCCCUUUCCCUUAGUAAUCCUAUAAGCCACUAUAGCCACUUCUUUUAUCGCCGGAGCAAAGCUUUUGUCUCCACCGUUCCGGCCUCCUCCCUUGUUCCCUUCGCCUGCCACUGCCUUUCCUAAGUGCGCCGUGCGCGGGAACACGCGCCGCCGCUGACGCCGCCGUCCCCCAUCCACCAGAGCGCCGGCAGCCCGCUCGCCUUCCCCUCUUCCUCCUCUCGGUUCUCUGUGAAACAGAGAGAAGAGAGAAGACGGGAGGAAGAAGGAGGAAAAGAAAAAGAAACGGAAAGGCUAUAUGACUGUCGCAUGUUUUUGUUGGGCUGUAUCAGUCGUUUUUUUGGUCCCUUGGAUUUUGUUUGAGAUUCGUGCUAUCUAGACUUUUGUUUUCUUUUGUAUGUGGGCUUUUGAUUAUUGUAAGUUCGGGCUUCCAUACGUGGGCUAAAUGGGCUUCUUUUUUUUUUACAUUUUUGUGGGACCCACUUUGUGUUGCCGAUAGAGAAAUUUUUUUGUGAGAGUGUUAAUGGUGGGACCCACAUACACUAUUCAAAUUUUGAAAUCCGCACCGGAGAGAGAGAUUGUCUGAAUCAGACUAGAGAGAGAGUGUGAGAGAUUCAUUUUGCUUUUUGCCUUUUUCCUCGUCGUCUCGUCCGGCGAUUUCGGCGGAGAUUUCGUCGGCGACUCCGGGAGGCGACGACGCUGCGUAAGCUACGCCGCGGCGUGGAUUCGUGCAGGCUACGUCGCGGCGGUGAUUCCACUGGAGUUUGCGGUGUGGGCUUCUCCAUCUUGUCCUCGAGCUCCUUCUCCUCUUUUUCUCUGAUGGUUCACCAAAAGCGUUCAAAAUUGGAUAAUUGUAGCCAGCCCAUAAGUGAAUCUGAUGAUAUUAAUUCUGAGUCUUUGCCUGCUAAAGAUGAUGAUUACAAUUGUGAUUCUGAUGAUAACUCAGCCAGUCAUGAUAUGGAUGUUUCACAACCACAUGUAAAUGAAAUUUCUACAAAUGAACUUCUGAAAACUUUGAAAAGGAAACUCAGUAAGUCUAAAAGAAGUGAAGAUGAUAACAUUAAGAUGAAAAGGUCUGAAUCUAUUGAAUUGGACAAUGAUGUAAUGAUAAAUCAGGUUCUACGUGAUAUCAUACAAAGGGAUCAAAUUAUCAACAGUUUGAAAAAAAAGCUUAAUAUUCAUCACAACAUAGGUGAUCAAAAUUUGAAGGACAAAAAUGUUGACACUGAUUUGAAGUCUGAUGCAUUCUCUAGAUUCUCAGUCAAAUAUUUCUCAAAAGUUGAUUCUUUAAGUCCACAUCACAAAACAGUCAUUGAAAAUUCUUGUUUUCAAAGCAUGCUGCUAUUUGACAAGUGUUUUGUUCCCAAUUCUUUUGCUCUCUGGAUUGCAAAACAAGUAGAUGUGAACUGUUCUGAUAUAGUUUUGGGCCAAAAACUUAUUCCAUUGAACAAGCAAUUUGUCCAUGUUGUGCUAGGCCUCCCUGUUGGUGGUAGUACAAUCCAUUCAAAAUUUGAUUCUGGCAAACAAAAGAUUCUUCAGAUUUUUGGGAAAACUUCUAUUCCUUCUGUCAAGUUCUUUGGAGAAAAGUUAAUUAAAAAUGAAGAACUUCCUGAUGAUCAAAUUCUCAUCUGCUUUAUGAUUGUUUCCUUGAAUUGCUUUCUUUGUCCAAACUCUUCUUUGAUUCCAAGUACAAAAUACCUAAGUGCCUUUGAAGACAUGGACUUAAUUGAAAGUUUGGACUGGUGCAAGUUAGUUUUUGACUGGUUGAUGGAACACAUUAGCAAGAUUGAGAAAUCAAAAACUUUUGGUGGUUGUUUAUUCCAUUUAGCGGUUAAUUACCUGGAUUUUCUCAACUUUGGUUCACAAAAAGUAUUACUUGAUACACCAAGAAUAAAAGUUUGGAAAAGAUCUAUGAUUAAGGACUAUUCCAAAUUUGAUAAAAUAUCUGAAGGAGUGUAUGGAAAAAGACCAGUCAAUGAUAUUGCUUCAACUUGUUACCCAAUGGUGAAUAAUAGCUCAUCUUCAUUUGCUGAUAUGCUCAAAAGUUCUGUUGGUGAUCUGUUGCCAAGUGAUGUUCAAGACAAAAUUUGUCAUUUGCUCUGCUAUCAUUUUGGAAAAGAAGAUGAAAUCUUUGAAGACAAGGCUAAGAAACUUCUUAUAGAUGUUCUGUUGUUGUUAGCUGAUUGUAGUUCCAAUUAUCCUACUCAACCUGCUGCACAUGAAAAUUCAGGAAUUGAACCAGAUCAUGAACCAGUUGAAGAAAAUAAUGAUGAUGUUAAUCAAGCUGUGAAAAAAAAUAACAAUUUCACCUCAUCUCCAAAGGGAAACAGUAAAACAAUACUAGAUGAUGAUAAGUUGCCAAUUCCAAAUGAAGAAUUUAAUCCUGUGAAUAAGUCUACCAUUUUGAAUUCUUCAGAAGAGAUUAAACAUAUCAACAUUGAUGAAAUAAUGACAAAGUUGAACAAAACAGGUCAUGUUCCUAUUAAUCCACCAGAUGAAACAGAGAAAAAUUCUGCCUUGACUGCUCGAAACAAUCAAGUUUUUCAUGAUCAACCGUCUUUUAAAAUCUGGGAUUCUGAUGAUGACCUCCAUCAUGAAAAUGAUGAUUUCAAAAAAGAAAUUACACCUGCUCAUCUUGUAGAUUCAUAUCAAGUUAUUCCUGAUUCAUACUCCCCAAAUCCUGUUUUAAGAAAUAAGAUCACUCCAAGAAAGUUGUCUCAAACUUUUGCUGCUGCUGUUGAAAGCCCAAUAAUCUGUUCAGACAGUCCGGAUAAGAUGUACAUGGUGACACUUGAAAAUUCAACUUCUCCUAAUGCUUCUCUCAAUGAAAACAAAGAAAAUGAAAAAGGUUGUCACAUCAUAAAGGUAUGAAUAAUCUCAUAGUUUAUUUUCAUUGAUGUUCCCUUUUUGAAAUUAAAUGGUGUUUAAAAAUUUUUCUAAUUCCAUUUUUGCAUUGUUGUUCUCCAUAGUUUUGCUGUAAUUCUUGUAGGUUACAAUGUAUUUCAGUUCUAGUUAAUAACAUACCUUCUUUCUUUUUUUAUUCCAAAAGGUUUUUCUUCUCACUGCUUAUUCAUUUCUUUUUAUUCAGUUUAUAAUCUCAAGUUUGUAAGUUUGCUGUUGAACAUCACUAGUUUAUUUGCUGAACUGUUAUUUCAUAUUGAUAUUUCAAAUAUUUCAUGCCCUGUACCUUACUUUUAUUUAUCAUUUUUCUGUUCUGGUUAUAAGCUAAUAAUUAUUAUUUUUUAUUUCUAGUUAUUUUGAUUUUCUUUUUUUAAUGUGUUUCUAACUGUACUAUUUAAUUUAUUUGUUAAAUUUCAAGAUUCACCUGAUGUUGUUUUUAUUGGUGAAAAGAAAUUCUCUAAGAAAUGUGCUGAUAUUUGAAACAAAACCAACAUGAUGUACAAUAAAAUGAAUAGAAUUCAGUUGGAUUCUCAGAAACAAAACUUCAAAACCUUUGCUAGUCCAGAAAGAGUUUUGUUAUGAAACAUGAAGAAUUUCAAUCCAAGUACUUCUGGAACAAAACCAAUUCAUCACGAUCUUAGAAGGGUAAUCAAUCCCGCAAAGUAUUGCACAGAUCCUUAUACUCCUCAAAGAUCAAACUUCACAGUCUCACAAUAUGAAAGACAAAUUUAUAAUGCUGUCUGCACUCUAUCAACAAGCAGAUAUCAAGAACGACAUGCAAUUGAAAUUGAUGGUGUUCACUGCAAAUUCAGUUCUUUUGGAGGAUCAUUUAAUUUUGGACAUGAAGUUUCUAAUUUUGUUGUCUCUGUGUUCUGCCGAUAUUUGUUUCAUUUAUCUCACCCCUCAAAAUCCAAAAAACAUUAUUUCUUCUCUUCUAUUGGAGAUGAUCUUCUAAAGCAUCCAUCAAGAACUGAUUUCUCAUCAGUUAGGAAAUGCUUUGAUGGUGCAUCAAAAGCUAGACCUAUUCAAUCAUGUGAAAUGGUUUGUGAAUUUGUAAAUUACUUGUCAUAUUUAAUUUCAUAUUUCCUUUUACAUUUAUAAUUUAUUUUAUUUAAUUGUUUCAACUCUUCUUUCCAAUUCUCUACAAGCGCCACUGGUUUGUUUUUAUUGUUCAUCUGAAAGAUGAAAUGUUUGUCUUUCUUGACUCAUUACAUGAAGAAGGUUCUGAAUAUCAAGAUGAAGUUAAGAAUAGAUUGACAUCCAAUUUUGCACUUGCUUGGAAUUCCAUUAUGGAAGAAUAUCAAAUCAAUUUUGAUGCUUUCAAAAUUGUAUAUCCACCAGUACCUCGCCAAAAUAAUCUUUUUGAUUGCGGAGUUUUUACUCUAAAAUACAUGGAACUAUGGGGUCCAAGAGUUCAGCUGACAAACCAUUUCUCUCAAAAAGACAUUCAAAACAUUAGGAUUCAAUAUGUCAACCGUCUUUUCUUCCAUCCAGACAAUUCUGUUCUCGGUACAGGAACAAAGAAACUAGUGAUUGACUUUGCUCAGGGAAAUUGAUUCUGGAAUAAAUUUUGUUUGUUCAAAUAUGACAGUUGACAACUUUUGCAGGGCUACAACUGUACAUAAACUCAUGUGGUAGAUAAAAUGCAAAGUAGUUCAUAAAAUGUAGUUGAUAUAAGAAACAAACAUUUAAGUACAAACCAGUGUACAUGUUCUGGAAUAUUACAGAAACUUAUGGAAUAUGUCUAUUUCCAUUGUAUUCAA